GUCAAAGGGCAGAGGAUGGGAGGUCAGCAGGAAGGAAGACAGAGGUCACUGCAGGUAGAGCAGAAGAUAGGAGUCACUUCUGGCAAGGCAAAGGUAGAAUUCACUGCUGGCAAGGCAAAAAGCAGAGGUCAGGGGUCACUGCUGGCAGGGCAGAGGACAGGGGUCACUGUGGGGAGAACUCAGCAGAGGUUAGGGGUCACUGCUGGCAAGGCAAAAAGCAGAGGUCAGGGGUCACUGCUGGCAGGGCAGAGGACAGGGGUCACUUUAGGGAGAACUCAGCAGAGGUUAGGGGUCACUGCUGGCAGGGCAGAGGACAGGAGUCACUGUAGGGAGAACUCAGCAGAGGUUAGGGGUCACUGCUGGCAGGGCAGAGGACAGGGGUCACUGUAGGGAGAACUCAGCAGAGGUUAGGGGUCACUGCUGGCAGGGCA